AUGGAAAACAUGUUGCAGCAAGGGUGUUUAGUGUUGAUGAAAGAUGGAACGGAUGAUGAUGAAGAUUUAUUUGUGGAUCAGAAUAACAACCAUAGUGAAGAUGAAACAAAAUUGGAUGAUGCGAUUGAAGAUAUAACUGAAGCUUCAAUUUUGUACACGGCCGUCGUGAAAGGAAAAGUUGCCUUGCCUUGCGACAUAUCGCCCCCUUCAGCUGACGAUGGUGUUGCACUGAUCUUGUGGUACAAAGAUGAGGCUCCAUCGCCAAUAUAUACUUUAGAUGCUCGCCAAGGGACACUUGAGCAAGCCAGGCAGGUAGCGGUAUCAACCUUAGAUCAUCGUGCCUAUUUUAAUAUGAUCAACCGACCAGCCUUUCUACAAUUAGAUCCUGUGCAAGAGGAAGACGCGGGAGAAUACAGAUGCAGAGUAGAUUUCCAUAAAGCCAGGACAGUGAAUACUGUUAUAACAUUGAAGGUUAUAGUUCCACCAACCGAGCCUGUGAUCUACGACGAAGAAAGGAGAAAAGUUAAAGGUAUCAUAGGACCAUAUAAUGAGGGAGAACCGCUGAAGCUGCUUUGUGAAUCGGAUGGUGGUAAACCUCGUCCAGCUGUAACUUGGUGGCGAGACUACGCACUUCUGGACGAUUCCUAUACCUUUGUCACUGGUGACAAUUCCGUUCGGAAUGAAUUAGAAAUAGAGGAAUUGAAGCGAAGUGAUUUACUGGCUGUUCUACAGUGCCAGGCAUCUAAUAAUAACAUAACGGUACCAGCUUCUGUUUCCAUCACCUUGGAUGUCAAUCUAAAACCUUUGAUCGUAAGAGUAGAUCCACAUAAGCGACCUCUCUCGGCAGAGAAAGAAGCUGAAAUAAAAUGCACUACAAGUGGAUCUCGACCUCCAGCUGCCAUUACGUGGUGGAAAGGGAGCAAGGAGCUGAAAACUGGAAGGACUGAUGGACAAACUGGGGACACAACAACCAGUAUUAUAAGGUUUGUCCCUUCCGUAGAAGACAACGGGAAGUAUUUCUCCUGUCGUGCGCACAAUCCUGUAAUACCAGGCAGUGCUUUGGAGGAAGGCUGGAACUUGGAAGUCUUCUAUGCUCCUCAGGUGACUCUUCAACUUGGAAGUACUUUCCGUCAGGGCGAAGUAAAGGAAGGUAAUGAUGUCUUCUUUGAAUGUAACAUCAGAGCCAACCCCUGGGUCACCGAAAUAUCUUGGUUUUUUGAAGGAAAAGAAUUGAGGACGAAUACAUCAGCUGGAAUCAUCAUUAGCAAUCAAACGCUUGUGUUGCAGAAUGUAAAUCAAACCAGCCGUGGGAAUUACAGAUGUUCAGCUAGCAAUAGCGAUGGAACUGGUACAAGCAAUGAAGUGUUCCUGCGUGUAAAAUAUGCUCCCAUCUGCAGUUCAGGUCUGAGACGUGUAUACGGUGUGGGUCGGCAUGAAACAGUCAGAGUACUUUGCGAACUGGAUGCUGAUCCUCCUAACCUUGAGUUUCAUUGGAGGUUCAAUGUAUCUGAAAGAAGUUUGGAUAUAGCAAGCUUCACAGCGAAUGGGAAGGAAAGUGUUGCUACAUAUGUUCCUCAUAAUGAUGAUGAAUAUGGCACCUUAUCGUGUUGGGCUACCAAUGAAGUAGGAUGGCAGAAGGAGCCUUGCAUGUUUUCUAUAGUGCCAGCAGGCCCUCCAGAAGCUUUGCAAAAUUGUACUCUCGUCAACCAUACAGAAAACUCCAUCCAGGUGGAAUGCAUAGAAGGUUACAACGGAGGCUUACCACAGUUAUUUACCAUUGAAGUGUAUGAUGUGGAAAUGGGAAAACUGCGGUCAAACGUCACUCUAGGACAGCCAGCAUUCAUCAUUCAAGGUUUACCCAGCAGUACUGCAUUGCAUUUGGUGCUCUAUGCAAGCAAUGGCAAAGGAAGGAGUCCACCAUACACAUUGUCUGCUACAACGUUACAGCGAGCUGAGAAGUUAACAGGAAUGCAAGGCAUCAUCAUCAUUCGACCAGUGUUAGGCAUUCUCAUCGGAGUGGUAGUUGCCUUGGUGAUCAUUGCCAUCAUUAUCGUAAUAUCCAUAAAAGUAAAAAGAAGAAGAACGCAGAAAGAAUGCCAAGGAGGAACCGGAACGUCAGAUAAGUCGCAGACGCCUUUAAAGAAAGAUACUGACGACAUGCCAGAUGGUGAAGAAAAAGGACCGGAUAUUAUACCAGCAAAUAUAAUCAAUCGAGCUUAUUAUACAGAAGAUCCAAAGGAAAGCUCACCAUCGGGAAGCGCCAUCACCAGUAGAAGGUGGCCAGAAUCCCCUCCACAUGAAACUUUAGAAACAUCAUUAACCACUUCUACGUAUCGAAAGCCUCCAGAGGAUAUAACGUACGUAGAAUUAUCACUUCCUAGGGAACAUCACAACAUCGCUACGGUCAGGCGGAAAGAGCCGCCAACAGAGUAUGCUAACAUAGACCUACACAGUCAUUUACACAUGCAGACUAUUGUUGUGGAACGAGAAGAAGAGGAUGAAGUCGGGAACAAUACAUGCGAAACUCCUCUAAUGAGCAGCAGACGAGAAAGCGCCGUUUGAAAAGCGGUGAAUAAUAUCUGUAUGGACUGCAACUGAAUUUAAAUUUCCUUCGUUUGAGGACAUCCUCAGCGCUGAGAGUGGACACUUUCCUGUGAUUUACAUGACCUUCAGGUACAGAAGAUUAUUAGGAAGUGUUCAGUGAAGAACUCAUGCUGUGGCUCACGGGUCUAGCACUUUCUGAAACACACAUUUCUUCAUGCCCUAGGACCACAGUACUAUUGAAGAACAUAAAGUUUUUGAUGUACUUAUUUAUUUUUAACUUCACAUUUGUGAUCAUUAGUUUGAAAAUGAGUGGUGACUGUAAUAUGUGGCGAUUUCUUUCGACAGAUGUAAUUAGAUACAACAUCAAGACAUGUGUCGUUUAAUAUUUUCUUAAGAGGUACUGGCUCACUGCAGAAGAGUUAAUUUCAGUUACAGUGUGAAUGCUGUGAACGACUCGUAUUUCCUUCACUGUCUCCUCUCACUCCUGUUUCGCAAAGCUUAAGUUUUAAUUUAUGUGACACUAAUUCCCUUUUUCUCCUUCGAGAUUUGCUUCUCAAUCUCUUUUAGAUUAUGUAUUUUUUUCUUUUAUAAAUAUUAACAUUUAUAAAUUAAAACUUUGCUUCAUUAUCGCUUCAGAAAGUCGUCUAACCAAUACAAAAUGUUAUCACAAUUCGAAAUUAAAAGGGCAUGGACAUUUGUUGAUAUUGUUGUCGUUUUUACUUCCAGCUUAAUGCAAUCUUUGGGGGGAUGGCUAAUAUUCACCAGUAAUUUAACAGUAUCAUCAUCCAGACAUUACCCAAGAUGCACUACCGGGGCUACAGAUUUUACACAUGCGAAAUGUUCCGUCCCAAUUUUGAUGAAGAGCACGGGGAGAUCGCUCCGACGGUCUCCCACUCCUUGAGAGAAUUUUUGACUCACCGUACAUUUUGUGUGCCACCAUGCCACAAAGACAGCGUGCAUAUACAAACAUCCAUGCCAUCUCUGGGAUCCGAAACAGAGCCUAAUGAUAGACCAUCCAAGAGUACCAAUCACUGUAUCGAUCAGGGGUGAACUAUUUAAACUAUACCUUCAAAUCAUAAAUUUGCUUUCCUUUGCGCAUGCACUUUAAAAUUAAUUUUAAGACUGUUCGUAAUAAAUUACCAGAGAAAACAUCGAAUUUAAAUGUAUUAUACCAGUAAGAAAAAUUUUAAUGAAUUAUGAAAAAUAUAUACCUUAAAAUAGAGUUUUUAAACUUUGUUGUUAUUUAUGCUUUUAUCUAAAUGCCUGUAUUUACAGCAUGCAUUUAUUCUCCUUAGCAGGUAAAAUUAUAAUUUUCAGUUUGUACCUUUAACAGUUUUAUAUAAAUUAAAUUUAUCGAUUUCAAAAUGUAUGAAUGGCUAUAACCACACAUAUUGCAAUAAAUAUUUUUCGGAAUUGAAAAUACAUACUAUUUUGUAUGUUUCAUUUAAAAGUUUUAAGAUCGAAAGAGCCUCAAUCCUUUACCUUCGUUACCUGCAAUCCUCGCUGCGCUGUAGAAAAAGCCUUUUCGUCAUUCAGUUUAUUUAAACAGCAAACGACAACCCGUGUCUCCUCCUCCUCUUUUUUUUUUUUUUUUUUUUUUUUUUUUUUUUUUUUAGUGUAACUUACACUUUCAAUUUCAGCAUUAGCAAAAUUCUCUUUCUACUAAAGAUUCGAUUAGUGCGCCUAUCUAAAAAUGUAUGCUUUUAACUGACGCUAGAACCAUCAUAAUCAGCAAAAAAACAUACCUGCAAUGCCUGUACUUGCUUGCUCUUAUAUUAUAAGCUAGCCCUUUGAAGGCUAAAAUAUCCGAUACGGUUUUUCAUUCAAAAGACCACAGCUGCCCGUAACGGCCGAGAUUCGGUGUUAUUUUCUUUUCCUUCCCCUAAGGUAUGCAGUAGCAGGUGCAGUUUACCCAAAUAUAUUACAUCAGUUUAUUGCAGACAGCUUGUCCCAAUAGGCUAAUGGAAGCUUCUUUGUUAGGAAGUAGAAAUGGUAUCAUUUGAAAUCUUCACCCCUCUGUGUGCGUUCUUGGAUGGGGAGAAGAGGGAACGGACGGGGAUGGGUAAUGGACGUUAACAGGCGUUUCAGAUUUUAAGUAUACAGGUUAGCGAGAUCUUCGGUUUUCUAUGGGUUAAUCUAACUAUGAGUUUAUUGAGCAUGUGGGGUCUCACACAAUAUAUUAUUUCUAAAAAUUAUUUAAAAUCUUACGCUGCGUAAUAUAGAAGCAAAUAACACUAUGCAUUCUUUUAUAUACAUACAUCUGUAAGUUUUCAUACAUAUCAAAGCAUUAAAAUAACUUCUCCCAAGGUGCCCCUAACGCUUAUCUUGGGCAUACUCUUUAAUGCACUCGUUAAUAUCGUACUCUAGAAAUCGGACGAAUUUUAAAUUUAACUGUUUUCGAUUUUACUCUUAAUUGAAUAUUCAUUAAUAUGCUUCAUAAAAAGGGAUUAUGACUUUUAUGAAAUGAUACAUAAAUACCUACUAAAAUAUCAUAAUCCUUUCAUAACCAGAAGUAUUUACUCUCAGAUAUGCAGAACAUUUUAAUAAAAUGCGUUUAGAUUUAAUUAGCUUUUAAAUAUUGUCCUAUAAACUGCAAGUUUAUAUUUGAAAUUGCAUGCUACAUAAACCAGAAAUUUCCUUAAAAUAUAUGUAAAUCAUUUGCAAAAUAUUUACUAUUUUAUUACAUCAUGAAAGGACUAAAGUAAGUACAUUCCAUUAUCUUUAAUAGAGGAAAUAAAUUUAAUGACAUUCUGACAACAGUUUUACGCUACUUGAAAUAAAUAACAUCUUAAAGCAGUAAGAAUUAUUUUGUACUAAAUAAUUUAGAAGUGCAGAAGUGCAUUUGCGAAUUUCUUUAAACAACACCUCUUUCACUUCUCUCAUCCUUACAGUUUCAUCGAGUAAAGUUCAGUAAAUUUAAACGUGUUAACUCAGACUCAAUGAAGACAGUUUUGUUAAAGUUAGGUAUCUUUCAAAAUGUUCCAUUACAAAUAAGCCUGAUUCUGGAUUAUUGCAAACAAGCUUUUACGUUUAUGACGCAAAUUUAAACUGGCAAAUCUUUGUAGCGUAGAGAUAUUAACGAUCGAAACGCUUUGUGAUCAUCAUCUGCUUUGCAUUUUACGUAACUAUAUUACAAGUUAGAAUCGAAUCGUCAUGAAAUACGAUAUUUAUUAAAAUUUACAUUAGUUUAAAAUCAUUCUGAAUUAAUACCAAAAUCACUUAAUGGAUGGGAAAAGUUAAAAUUGCGAAACGCAGCUAAAUUAAUGAGGAUUUCGCACUUUCAAAGAAGCGUGAAGCUUGAAUUGUUUGUGCCUCAUAUAUCCAGAGAUACAAUUACUUGAGUCGUCUGUUUUUAAUUGUGAAAUUCAAUUUAACUCUUUGUGUUUUUACUUUUCCAUUUGAGUUAAAGGACAAUAUGAAAAACGUUUACCAUAAGGCACAGAAUUUCAAAACCUUGUAAAUUAAUUUUAUGUAAAUAUUUACGAUAUGUUUUGUUUUUUACGCAUAUCUCGUCAAAUUCGUAAUCUGGAAGCAUAAAAAAAACAUAUUGUAUAUAGUCUUACCUUUCUUUUAUUCUGCGGAUUAAGCCCUAAAAAGUGCUACAUUUCUAGAAAUACGUAUAAUAAUCAGCAGUGGGGAUACAACGUCAAAUUCCUAUUCAUGCUGGAGGUAUUUAUCAUCAGCAUGUAAUAUAUUUAUCAUAAGUAUGUAACAUAACUGUAGUAACUUAAUUUCUAUUAGAUUUUAAGUGCACAAUGCACAACUUGUUCUUGAGCAUAAAGUAUUUUUUUAGCUCAAGAGCAAUAUUUUAAACUUUUUAUAUCUUUAUGAAACAUAUUACCGCAAAAGGAAAUCUAAAAUUCAUACCUGCGUUCAAGUUAUACUUAUGGUUUGUAAUCCCAGUUAAUCAAAGUAAUUUAUGUUCUUUUGUAUCUAAACCUGAUAACACUAAAAUAAAGUUGGAAAAGAAUAAAUUUCUAUUUCCACUUAAAAAUAAAGCCAAACAGUUUUAGUUUAUCUCCUUAAAAUGCACUAUUUUGUAUUUUUCAUGAUCUAUACAUUGCAUAAAGAACUUUCAUUCAUGAAACAGAGACUGAUAGAGACAGUGUAAAGAAAUAUGUAUGAGACAAAACGUUAUUGGCUGAAAUUUAAUAUCGGCAGACUCGUGGGCCAAUUAAGAAUGACCACUUUGACAUUUUAUAAAGGUAAAAGACCUCAGUGAGAGCAGGACCAUAAGCAGACUCAGAUUUUUGAACUAUGGAUUUGGAAAUUUUUUUCUACGUACAACAUGUACUAUAAAUAUCUCUGCACAAUCGUGGUACCAACAACCAUCGUUCUUCCGUGUGUAAAUAGUAGAAAAAUGGAAAUGGAAUAUUGCGUGACAUUUUCUAUUGCUGUAAUCACACAUUUUCCGUCGUUUUAUUUUCUUGGUUAACAUCGCGCUAAAAUUGAUACUUUCUUGAAAGAUUACAUUGGAAGAUUCUGGCAACACAUCCAAACCGAAUUAAAGGAGAAAGAAAGAAGUUGCAAAAUUCAAGGAUGUGACCUUUUGUCAAAGUAUUUACUAUUUCCCUUUAUUGAUGAAAUUCGAAUGAUUACUGUGCACAAAAGUAUAUUAAAAUCAUAAAAAAAUAUUGUUUAAAUUCACAGAAUAUGUCACAAUGUAGAUUAUUGGCACAGUAUGUUUAACUUAUGAUGUGAAAAUGCAAAAUUAAUGUUUGUCAAAGACAUUUAAUUAUUGAAAAUUUAACAAAAUAUUGUGGCUAAACGCUUUCAGCUCGUUUUCUGCAUAAAUAAUCAUUGUGUGAUUUGAUAUUUAUUGAUUGGUUUGAAAUAUUCUUAAAUGUAAAAAUAUUUUUGUUUUGAAACUAACUACAGGAGUAAAUUGUAAGUACAAGCGUAAAUUAAAAAAUUAUUAAUGUUAAUCUGGAGAGCAGAUAAUUACAAAAUUGGUAUAUUAUUACAUUACAGCUUGCAAUAAAUAUUGUAAUCCUGUACUUGAGGAAUAAGCUUUUGUUGCUUCAUUAAACAUUAGCCGCUUAAACCUUUUCAGCAAGCAAAAUAAUUUUAUUCAUGAUGCAAAAUAUAGAUUCUCAUAGAAAGUAUAAUUUACAUAUUUGCUCAGAAUUUUCUUUCUUGUAUUUUGGAAUUAAAAAAAAAAGAAAAGAAAAAAGUAUUAUUAUUCUUAUCUGAAACUUUCUGACAUUUCUUUGAAAACAUUGAAAUGAAUACUAAAAUAUCCCUUAUGAUAUUUCUCUUUCUGAAAAUGUUUGAUAUUUCUUUGAAAACAUUUAAACGAAUAUUAAAAUAUCCUUUAUUAACUUUAUCUGAAAUUUUUCGACAUUUCUUUGAAAGCCUCGAAACGAAUACUAAAAUAUCCCUUACUAACUUUCAUUUUAUCUGCAAUUUUUUUAUGUUUCUUUGAAAGCAUCAAAACGAAACUAAAAUAUCCCUUAUUAACUUUCCCUUUAUCUGAAAUUUUUUGACAUGUCAUUUAAAGCAUUGAAACGAAUUGUAAAAUAUCCCUUAUUAACUUUCACUUUAUUUGAAUUUUUUUUGACAUUUCUUUGAAAGCGUCUAAGCUAAAUCCCUUAUUAACUUUCACUUUAGCAGAGAUUUUAGAAAGCAUUGAAACAAAUAUUAAAAUAAGUUUCAUUUAACUUCAAGUUUAUCUGAAUUUUUUUAUUAUUAUAUGUCACCUUUUCAGUACAUAAUUUAUGAACUUAAUUUAGAAAAUAUCAACUUACAUCAGAUAUGCUUAAUAUUAUAAUUUACGUAACAAUCUUUGUUCUGUUAUUCUAAAUAAAAAUUUUGGUAUUUAAAUAUUUAUAAAUUUUACGUAAAUAUUGUCACAGUGUUGCAAAUUACAUACGAAAAUAUAACUCACUUAAAUCUAAAUUUGUUGUCUUAAACUAGUCUGUUUACUUCAAAAAAAGUUUUUCCUUCCUAAUUAAAUAUUACAUCCAAUAUAAGAUUAUAAUUAAAUUUAUUUGCGUGAAUGUUUUAUCAUGAAAACAUUUCCCAGAUCAGAAUAUCGAAACCAUACUUCUAAACUGAAAAACGAUUUUAAAAUUCUGUGUGGCAAAAAUUGAUUUCUAAACAUAUUUAGGAGUUUGGUAUACUUAAUGCUUUGCUUAAUACUUAAUGCUUGCUUGUAAAGAUCACAUUUGUCCUAAUUCUUAUUCAAAUAUACUUUAAAAACAUUUUAAAAUAAAUAUUAUUACUGCGCUCUUAAGAACUAAAAAUAAUAAGACCUGAAUGAAGCAUUUUUUUUAUCUGCCUUAAGUAUAUUUUUAAAAUUAAUUGUUGAAAAAACUAAUUUUUAAAAAGAGCGAAAGUAUGUCUCUUCAUAAUCGUUUUAAAUUUCAAGCAGCAAACAGCGGUAAAAAUAGAGAAAGGGAAUUAUUAUUAUGUGAUGUUAUCCUUUUGAAAAUGAAAUACAUAUUUGUAGGGAUUUGGGUGUAAUGAUUGAAUGUGUUUGAAUAAAAUAAAAACGCUAGCUUUCUUUUUCAUUACCUCUUUUAUGUACUUUGAACUGUUAUAGUAAUAAAUAAAAUUGCACAA